AGAGCACACGGUUGGUGCGAGAAAAAUAAAGCAACCAUCGAACCGGAUCGCGUAGGAGCAAUUCUUCACCACACAGUGCACGGCCAAUCGGCACAACGAUCCGACCUUCUGCCGUCCCAUAUAUCGGCAACCCCCUUGGGCGUGUAGAAGCAAACCCAGGCAUUUGAAGGGUGCGAACUGCGAGCGCGUGUGCGAACCUACCCCGUCAUCUAGUAGCAGUAGUCGUAGCAGCAGCAGCAGCAAACGGCGCGAUUUUGAGCGCCUGCUACCACCACAUCGUAGGAGAGUGUGCACAGCGAGUGUGUUCGUGCGGCACGCGCGCACCGUGUGAGCGAGCGUGCGCAAGUGUUGGUGUCGGCAGUCUCUUUUUCCGCUUCCGAGACGGCGUUUUUUCGCUUUCGUCUUCUGAGUUGCAGCACGCGAAAUGGAGAACACGUCCUACGGAAUCAAUGUGGCGAACCGCUACGAUCUGUUCUGCAUCGACGAUGAUGCCGGCGAUCCGAUCGAGGCCAUCCUGAAGAGUAAACAGAAGCAACAGAAAAAGCAGCAGCAAAGUGCAAGUGCUGGGUCGGGGGCCGCCGCACCGGCAGCUGGUGCCCAGGGGCAGCAGACGAAGGCGAACGUGAAGGGGAGCGGUACUGGUGAGAAGGAGAACAAGGCGGCAGGUGGUGGUGGCGGCGGCGGCCGCGGUGCUGAAAACCGUCACCCGGACAAAUCGGGCGCGGACGCGAAGCACGCACAGACGAACGGAACUGGCAAUCAUUUACAUAAUCAGCGAGGCGGCGGCGGCGGUGGUACCGAGCGAAGGGGCAUCAAGGAAACGCAGAAAGAUAACAUCCGCAACCAGGAGAACCAGCGAACCGGUGGCGCUAAUCCGGGGGCGAAGUUCCCGCGAGGAAAUGGACCGAACGCGAAGAACGGCACGAUGGCACCGGGUGCCGGAGGAGGCAAUGACGAUAAGUAUCCGCGCAAGAACCGUGACUUCGACGAUGGACAGCGCAAGCCGUACGUGCCGAACGGUGCCGGACCGGGUGGUGUGAAGCGUUUCGAUGGACGCGGCAAGCGUGAACUGGACCGCCAAUCGGGCUCGAACAAAACCGGCAUCAAGGCGGUGGACAAGCGCGACGGUGCCGGCUCGCACAACUGGGGCAGCUCGAAGCAGGACGCCAAGGAGUACUCGAACAUGCCGGAACAGGACUACCAGCCACAGGACGCCGACACAAGCGCGGAAGCGAAUGCGGAGCGCACGACCGUCGCUAACGGUGAGGAGGGCGCGGAUGGUGCCGCAAACGCUAAAUCGGACGAUGAGGCCAAGGAAAUGACGCUGGACGAGUGGAAAGCACAAAAGGCGGCCGUGCGACUGAAGCCACAGUACAACCUCCGGAAGGCGGGCGAAGGCGAGGACUCGAGUCAGUGGGACAAGAUGGUGGCGUUGGACAAGAAACCGUCGACGAAAGCGGACAAGAUCGUGGAAGCCGAUGACGACGAUGCCAAUGAUACUCACAACAAGCCAGUGUCCUCGGGCGGCGGUGGCGGUGGCGGCAGCAGCAAGAACAAGCAGAUCCUGGAAAUCGAGUACCACUUCAACGAUAGCCGUCGCGGCGGAUUGGGCCGUCCGAGAGGUGGCCGUGGAGGACGCGGUGGUGGUGGUGGUGGCCGUGGGAUGGGCCGCGAUGGUCCGGGCGGAAGACGCGAGUAUGGCGCCGACAACUACCGGGAGGGAGGUGGUGGUGGUGGCGGAUACAACAACCACUACGAAGGGGGCGCUGAUGGUGGUGACCGGGCACCCCACCGGGACAGCAACCGGCGCAACAACCGGCCUCCGGUCGGCGGUGGUCCGGAUCGCACCUACGAUGGUGGCAUGAACAAGUACAGCAGACCGAACCCGCGCUCGGCAACGAAGCAGCGUGUUCCGGCUGCUCCGAAGGUGGACGAUGAGCACGAUUUCCCGUCGCUGGGUUAAGCGACGGUCCGUGUACCGGCAGAAUCGAAUCCGCGUGUCAUCACAGCAAGACAACAGUGUGUUCGCACAGAGACCAGCCACAAGCAAAACAGUGAACAACAACCCCAAACAAAGGCGCGCGCGCGCGCGUUCUCAUACACACAUUCACAACGCAAGCUUAAACACACAACAUAAAGCUGUGUCCAAGGAUAAAAGUGUGCCGAUGAACACUAGAUUUAAUGAUGGGACGUUUAUUGCUAUCAUUUUUUUUUCUUCAAAAGAUUAAGUUAGUACACCCACUUCGCAGAGAGCAGAAGGAUAAGGAGCAUAGCAAGAGGGAGGUUUGAUUGGAUGCUAAACGUGCUUGAAUCGUGUGUAAGGAGAUAUCGGUGCGCAAAUCCUUGAGCUACUAUUACUACGUACACAGCAGCAGAUAAGGAGGAAUGUGGAGAGUUCCUACUUAAACAUUAAUUGAGAUUAAGUUAACUAAACUAACGUCUUAAAUCUGGCACGCGCCAACGGGCGAGUGCAUUGCGCAAGUACGCGACGACCCAAGGAACGAAGGAUGUUAAUGGCAGGCCAUCAAGAAGCAAAACAAAAUAUCAACUAACCUCGAACCAACCAAUCAAUUCAAUGUUUUAAUUAGUGGUUUGGGUCUAACAGGUUUCGGGCCGCUACUUUAGCAACUCCGCGCUCGGCCUUUUGUAGUAAAUUAUGUGCUGGCUUCCAGGAAAACUGCGAUACAGCAGGGGGAUCACACAAUCCCGCGAUCAUGUCGAAUGUGUGUAUGUGUCUGUGCGCGCGCGCCUCGUUUGGGAAGGAUAUCUAAUCAAGGAUAAUAUUCGUGUAUCUGGCUUUAAAGCUGUAACCCCAGUGGCCGUGGAAUGAUCUGCCGUGCUUUAUAGUGGUGUUUGAUUGUUUUGAGUUUUUGGCGGCAUCACCGUCAUCAGCAAUACUGUGGGUUUCUCGCCCGUCAUCGGUAUUACCAGAAUUUUUUUUCAUAAUCGCGCCAUUCACUUGCAUACGCUAUGGUUUUCUUCCCCCCCUUUCGAUACCGAUUAUUGCUUAACGUAAUUGCCCCGCUUUUUCAUCCCCGUUUCAAAAGUGCGGGGCGCGCCAACCUAAGCUCUACCAGACUUCCCUGCAAAAUCAACUAGUACUGUUUCCGAUGUUUACAAACCGUUUUACUACUUGAAAUAGAGAUGGAAAUGAGCAAGAAGCAGAAACUGCAAAAAAUGAAGCGUGUGUAAUUGCUGCUGAUGAUGGCUAGAAGAUUACAAACGCGGAAGUUGGGCACAUUUUCACGAGUUAUAUACAUAGUACAUAUGAUGGGAGAUGCACUUCCUGUUUACACAAACAGCAGCCGCAGCUGCGAUAAGGAAAGCAAAAACAAAACCCCUCCACACCUCGUGGAUCUUCGAUCGCGCGCAGGUGGUUGCAAUGUUCAAGGAGUUGCUGGCAAACAACACGAAAGGCUCCGUUUACGGUGUUUACGAACGAAAGAGAAAGCGCGUGCGCCUAUUUCUAAUUUGACAUUUUUCUUAUGUUAAUUUUAAUUAUUGUCUAAUGCUUGGGGAAACGAUGUAGGCGUUCGUGCGAAAAAAGGAUGCUCGAAUUCCGGGGGCGCAGCAAGGUUGAAGUGAAGAUCACCGGGGAAACCCGCCAGAGUGAACCUUGUUGUUCCGGCCAGGCAAAGAAAAAAUUUGGACCCGUUUCGGGGAUAUAAUAAGCUUUCACUACCGAGGUAUCGUCCGUGUCUCAUGGUGGUAUCGAAAUAAAAGCAUGAGUAGAGCAAUAAAUUCAUCUUCAAAGCGCAACAUCGGAAUUGAAUCCGAGCGCCGCAUUACAAACCUGGACAAACACGGAGGACGCAUAUUUAAAGCACGAGUCGAACUAUGGGGACAGCAAUCCGAAGAAAUGAUGAAUGAAGAAUCAAACUUUGCAAAACUUUUUGUACUGCAUUACGCCCUAAGUAAUAAACAAUCUUGUUUAAGUGUAAUAAAGCCCUUUGGCGGGGAAAGUUUAACGAUUUCGUGAAUUUGCACGAUGGGAGAACCGAAUGAGAAACCUAGGGUGAAUUUCGUUUGCUGCGAUGCGCGUACGUGGUGGUUACAAAAAUAGCAACAAUGCUGCAUAAAAUAGCAACGAUCGAACGAAAAUGGGCGAACGGUGUGAAUUAUGACUACUGGGCCGAAAUCGAUAAAUGCGAUGAUGGCAAUUUCAGUAGAAAUAACAGCAAUAGCAUUUACAGUAAGGAAGUGCGAUUGAACGCUGCUCAUGAAAAGGAUGAGAGUCCUACGCUCCAGAGGGUGAAGAAUGGAAGAGAAAAAAACAAUAAAACACUAUAUUAUAGAUUCUUCUUGGAAGGGUUCUAUUUCAAACCUUACUAUUCAUCUCGUCAACGAAUCGCGUCAUGUAAGAGAUGCGUGAAAUGAACGGAUAAUAUUAGUUGUUAAGAAGCAGCAAAUAUAAUUGCUAACACUAGUUUCUUUCCUUACGUUUGCCAUCAGGCAGCGGAACGUACAUGCGUCGGCCACAGCUGGGUGAGGCAAAAUAAUCAUCUUAUAAAACCCCCACUGAGCGGGUAAAACAAAAUGGUUUGAAAUCUAUUUUAAUCGUUAGGAAUCAAUGAGACAAUUAGUACAUGUAUGCAACAUUAACAUAAAUUGAAGAAUAAAGAGCAAAACCUCGACCUAA